AUGCCGCCUCCAUCCUACCCACACAGACACCUCCUCCUCACCGGUCUCCUCGACGCACAGCCCGCACCUCCAUCACAAGAUGCCUUUGCAGUCAACGGCGAGCUCAACGAACGCGGCUGCAAGCUCGACUCACUCCUCCUCGCAGGAUGGACAGCGUCAGCCCGCAAGGGUAAACAAGUAGACAACGACGUCCUGCAACAUGCCGACAACCUGCGUCUGAAGAAGAAUGACUUUGAGGUCCUCGGUCGCGUUGGGGAAGGCCAGUUUGGAGUGGUCGAUGCCGUGCGCUGCAAACUGGAUGGCAAGGUGUACGCCAUGAAGAGUAUUGAAAAGAGCAUGGUUCUCCGUGCCGGUGGUCAACUGAGCCUCGCGCAUGAGCGUCAUGUACACAAGCUGGCCGCACCUUCCUCUCCGGCUCCGGUAUUUACCGCUUCCUUUCAGUCCCCUACCGCACUGCACCUCGUGAGCGCGUUCGCCCCGUGUGGUUCACUGUGGGACCGUUUGUGUGAAAUGCUCCCUGUCCCCGGUCUCGACACUGGCAGGAUGGAGGAAGACGAGAUUGCGUGGUGGUCGCGCCAGAUGGUUGGCGCCAUUUCGUGGAUCCAUGGUGUUGGCUACACCCACCGUGACAUCAAGCCCCACAACUUUCUCCUUCUCCCCGACGCCCGUCUCUGGCUCACCGACUUUGGCUCCGCUGCGCCGUUGUCCAACGGAGCCGUUCCUCGCCGCUACUGCAUGUUACCCGCGGGUACCCCAGACUAUGUGGCACCUGAAAUCUUGCGCUUUGCCGAAGACGCAAUGAUUGAGGCUGCUCAGAGUGACCACGAGGACUCGGACGGCGAACAUACGAUCCGACAAGGUGACGUCGACCCUCCUGGUUACGGUCCAGAUGUCGACUGGUGGUCCCUCGGAGCUACGCUAUACGAGAUGGGCGUUGGUCGUGCGCCGUUCUUCGCUCCUUCCAUUGGCGGUACAUAUGACCGGAUUAUGCGCUGUGACAUGCGCAUGCCUGACAGCCUGUCGCCUCAGCUAAAGAGUCUUCUCUCGGGCCUUCUCAGCCCACGCGAUGUGCGUUUGGGUCACUGUGACGCCAACGAGAUUCGCAGGCACUCGUUUUUCCGCGGGGUCGACUGGUCGAAACACGGAACGCCACCUCCCGGCAUCGUCUCGCAGUCCAUCGACCUCGACACGCUGACCGACGCGUUUGACCACAAGUUGAACGACGACGUGGACGAAGUGACGUUUGAGCACUUUUUCGACAACACGACCAUGGGUUUCACGACAACAAUGUCGUCGUCCCUGUCCAUGGCUGCGGUCGCUGUCCCACCGUCAACCUGGGCCCGCUGGGUCGGUUGGUCUUGGGAACCUCCUUCCGAUUUCUUUGGAACAGAGCCCCCCAAACCUGCCGUUUCACCAAACAUGACCAUAAAGCCACUCCCUUUGCGCCAACAGUCGGCCCCACCGCUACUCACGCCCAUGCGUGCAGGCUCAUACGCAUCUCCACAGACCGUCCCACGCACGGCACCACGCUCAGUCCCUCGCACUCGCCCCGUGUCCGAGCGCCAGGCGUUUGCCGAGCUCGUGAAAUGUGUUCAAGCCAGUGCCAGAAAGAAGCUCCAGUCGGCUAUCAAAAUGCCAGGCUCGGCAUCCACUGUGUCGUCUUUGGCGUCUACAGCGCCUACCUGGCGCAAAGAACAGCCGCCUACGCCGACACCAAUGUCUCGCGACGUCACGGUCUUGCUACUGGCCUCUCGCGUUCCGAGUAAAGGAAACAGUAGCGAAGAAGGAGGCCGUCCACCUCGUUCACUAUCGCGCACAUCGUCUCUUCAGACUCUCCGCGAGGACCCACCACCUCGCCCGCUGUCCCGAAACUCGGCUCGCAGUCGAGACGAUAUCCCCACUCGCCCUCGAUCGCAGACGUCCACGCGGAGCAGCAAAGACGAGACCUCGUCAUUCCUCUCGAGGCUUGUGGCCGUCGAGAAUAUGCCACAGGCCCGUUCAGUGUCCCGCUCCUCCAGCCGCAGCACCGAGAGCUAUACCGCGUCUGCUCCUACCCGUCCUCCUGCUGCCACGAGCAACGCCGGCACGAUGCCCAGCGACAAGUCUGCCCCGCGCACAGAGUACAGGCCGACAGAGUAUAAGCCCGUCGAAAACAGGCCGCCUCCUCGCAUCGCGGCAGAACGUCUCGUCCCGCCGCGGGAUCCGGGCACGGGCAAGGGCGGCGACCGUAUGGCGUCCAUGCGAGUGUGGCACGAGUCUCUGCAAGAUGGUCUUUCGAGCCUGGAAUGUCGCUUAGCGGACAUGACCGCCCGCCUCAGCAACACGCAAAUGUAA